AUCCCAAUUUGCCAAAAUGACAGUAAACAGCUGAUCUUAAUAAUUAGGUUAGGUUUAUUAUAAUAGUUUUUAAGUAUAUUUAAUAAAUACUUACUAAUUUCCCGAAAUGUCCGAGAAAGAUUAUGCGCCACUUAGCUCAGCAUGCGUACGUGCUUUAAAUGAUAAAUUAUACGAUAGAAGAAAAACAGCAGCCUUAGAAAUUGAAAAGAUGGUAAAAGAAUUUGCAGCAGUAAAUAAUACUGGACAAAUAAAAAGAUUACUUAAAGUUCUGGGUCAGGACUUUUCAUUGUCUCAAAAUUCGCAUGCAAGAAAAGGAGGACUAAUUGGACUUGCAGCCAUUGCAAUAGCUUUAGGGAAGGAUACAGGCCUUUAUGCAGAUGAAUUAAUAAAACCUAUAUUAGGAUGUAUGGCUGAUCAAGACUUACGAGUAAGGUAUUAUGCCUGCGAGUCCUUAUACAAUGUUGUGAAGGUGUCUAGGGGAGCAGUAUUGCCUCAUUUCUCUGCGAUAUUUAAUGCUUUAGGUAAAAUUGCUGCUGAUCCUGAUCAGAAUGUAAAAAAUGCUUCCGAAUUAUUGGACCGGCUUUUAAAGGACAUUGUAGUUGAAAGUACUUCAUUUGAUCUAGAUGGUUUUAUUCCUCUCCUUCGAGAAAGGAUUUAUACUAAAAGUCCUUUUGCAAGGCAGUUCAUUAUAUCAUGGAUAUCAGUAUUAAACACCGAACCUGACUUAGAUUUAAUCGCAUACUUACCAGAAAUUUUGGAUGGAUUAUUUAUAAUUUUAGAUGAUACAAAUUUAGAAGUAAAAAAAAUGUGUGAAACCACUUUAGGGGAAUUCUUGCGAAGCAUUAAGAGCGAUCCUGCUAAAGUUAAUUUCGGUGCUAUGAUAAAUAUCCUAAUUAGCCAUGCUCAAGAGAAAAAUGAUGAUUUGGUACAGUUUACAGCUAUAACAUGGAUAAAAGAAUUUGUUCAAUUAUCGGGUCUAGCUAUGUUACCAUAUAUGUCAGGAAUAUUUACAGCAGUGCUGCCAUGUUUGGCCUAUGACACAGAAGCUCGGAGAAACAUAAAAGAAACCGCAACUGCUGUCAAUUUUACGCUGAUGAAACUUAUAGCCCUUCAGGACACUAGCGGAGCAGAACAAUCGGAAGAAUUAAGACCGUCCAUUGCAACUGAAAGCGAAAUUCAGCAAGAACUAGAUUUGCCUUCAGUUAUUUGUGUAUUGACUCAAUAUCUUGGGCAUAAUUCCAUACAAACAAAAGUAGCAGUAUUAAAAUGGAUUCACGACUUGUAUACAAAACUUCCAAAUAAAAUGGUAGAGCACAUUGAUAUACUUUUUCCUGCUUUACAACGAACGCUAUCAGAUGAAUCAGACCAAGUUGUUCAACAGUGUCUUGUAGUUAUAGCCGAAGUAAUAUCGUCGCCAAAGACAACUAAUGCAGCUGUCGAAGGUAGCAAUACCUAUUACAAUAAGUUUGUUAUAAGUUUGCUAAACUCCUUUAAUAUGGAUAAGACAUUGCUAGAUGAGCGAGGAUCUUUUAUUAUAAGACAGCUGUGUGUUUUACUUAAUGCUGAGGAUAUUUAUCGCACAUUAGCCCAAACGCUUCUAAAGGAACAAAAUCUUAAAUUUGCUAGUCUUAUGGUGGAACACCUUAAUAUGAUUUUACUUACUUCAUCCGAAUUAUAUGAAAUGAGGAAUCGAUUGAAGGAUCUCAAAACAGAAGAAAAUAAAUCGUUGUUUAGGUGCUUGUAUGAAACGUGGUGUCACAAUCCGGUGGCCACCGUAGCUUUAUGUUUAUUAUCUCAAAGUUACAGUCAUGUUUGCGACUUAAUUAAAUUAUUUGGUAAUUUAGAAGUGACUGUGGACUUUUUAAUGGAAAUAGAUAAGCUAGUACAACUAAUUGAAUCUCCGAUAUUUGCAUAUUUGCGCUUAGAAUUACUUGAAGUACCUUGUGACAAAAGUUUGGUAACCGCCCUUUACGGUUUGCUAAUGCUGUUGCCCCAGACUGAAGCUUUUUCCACACUUCGGACAAGGUUAAGUUGCAUUCCAAGUUUACAUUUACACUGUGAUGACAAUAAUAUCUCAGAGAAAAAAGUGGUCCGUCAAAGUGGUAUUAAUUUUCAACAGUUGUUAAACCAUUUUAUACAAGUACAAGAAAAACACAAAGAAUACAAAAAGAAUAUAAGGACGAAAGAAAUAUUGUCCUUGGACCGAGAAAUGAGUAAUAUUGACUUGUAAAUUGUUGUAUUUAUAUCUUAUUAUAUUAUAUUGAAAUAUAGUGGUACAUUUCCUA